UGAAGACCUAACAUCAAGAGCCACAUGUGACUCCAGAGCCCUCAGUUGAGUAACACUGAUUUAAGCUGAAAGAAUAGAUAAAGCACAGACAGACAUUAAAAUAAAUAGAGGAGAACUAUGAUGGAGAUAAACCAGAGAUAAAGUUCCACAUGACACCACCAGCCCUGUUGGAGUAAUCGUCCAUUCUCCUGAUGGAAUCAGAGCACAGAGGACAACAGUAGAUGGCGCCAGAGCACAGAGAGUGUCACAGCCAAGUUCAAAUCUACAGAAGAAGAAUGUGUCUGUGUGGAUCUUCCCCUACGUCCUCAGAGCCUCUUUAAAGCUCUGUGAAAACAGAGGAAUGCACCGCUCCGCUUCACCCUCAGUACGGCUGACAAAGGUCAUGAUGAAGAGCUGAAUGAACUGAGAAAAGCCAAAGUGUGACACUGCAAAGACCCUGCAGCGCUUCUUUUCUGUUGUUUUAAAGACAUUACAUAUGUGGAUUCAGGGAAAAUAAGGUGGCAAAUUUGAAAAAGAAGCCUGUCCACCGCUCCUCUCCACCCAUUCUUCCAUCCUCCCCGUGGUUAUCCAUCUGUCUGACUGCUGGCAGGCGCCAGAACACCCGAGAACCAGUAGAACAUGUCGACCUUUCGCUUUGGACAACACCUCAUCAAGGCCUCGGCCGUGUUCCUGCAGACGGAGCUGUCCUUCGCUCUGGUCAACAGGAAGCCCGUUGUGCCCGGACACGUGCUGAUCUGCCCCCUGAGACCGGUGGAGCGUUUCCGGGACCUUCAACCCAACGAGGUGGCGGAUUUAUUUAGCACCACUCAGAGAGUCGCCAACUUGGUGGAGAAGCACUUCAACGCCACCUCGCUCACCAUCGCCAUCCAGGACGGCCCCGAAGCCGGGCAGACGGUGAAGCACGUCCACGUCCACGUGCUGCCCAGGAAGGCCGGGGACUUUGAGAGGAACGACAGCGUCUAUGACGAGCUGCAGAAGCACGAUCGAGAAGAGGAGGACGUUCCCUCAAAGUGGAGGACAGAGGAGGAAAUGGCAAAAGAAGCUUCAGACCUGAGGACACAGCUGCAGGAGCAAUGAUGCAUGUUAUGUUAACUUAUACAUCAUCUGCAUUUAUGUAGUAUGACUGAAAAAGUUCUGUUAGAAAUAAGAAUAAAUAAAAAGAUUUUUCACUGUGUUAAAGAAGAUGGUAAAGGACUGCUAGAAAGAAGAAGAGCCACUCAGGUUAGAUUGAGUUCAUCCUUCCUUAUUAACAGGUUAAAUGUAGUUAUGUCUGACAUGGAGAUGUGUUUAACGCUUUUAAGAUGUCUAAUGUGCUCCCAGUUUCUCAUCAACAUCACACACCUGUUAUAAACUGAUGAAUUAGUCUUCAUGUUCAGAUCUGAUGGGAGGCAGGACUUGUUUUUUCUUCUUCACAUGGCUGAGCUAUACUGCUUCUGGGCUUUGUAUUUUGAUAGAAUGAUGGCACUGGGAGAAAAGGUUGAAAUAAGCGUUAAGUCUAAAAGUGUAAUAAUAUGAUCAAGAUCGGUGUUUGUACACUGAAACAUGGAACAUUUUCCUCAUUUCACCAAAAACAUCGCUGCAAGUUUAUGUGAAACAAUAAAAGGGCAAUUCCUGGCUUUUGGUGACUUUUCAGUGUAAAAACCUUUGGGAAAAUAAUACCUUUAUUCCAGUUCAUCAGCUUAAAUGUAGAAAAUGAAAUAAUUAACCAUCAGUAAUAUGCAUUUGGAGAGCUUAAGCACCUGAAAAAUCAGAAUUAUUUCAGAAAAAAACUUAGAAAUUCCACCCUGUUAGGAGAUAUUACAUAGGUAUUGCAAAUUGAUAAUACACAUAUUCACACUUAGCUUUCUCUUAGACUUUCUUUGACCCUUUAUUUUAUCAUGCUAGUUGUAUUAAUGUUUUAAAUGUCUACUUUGGGGCUUUUUUUGCCUGUAUUGAUAGGGGGAGAUGGUGGAUAGAGUCUGAAACAAGCAGCCCCACACUGCAGUGAGCAAUAGGGUGCGAUGCCCUUCUUAUCAAACCUGUGGGGUACUGGGAAAAAAGCACAGAAAAGAUAGUUUGCAACCAACCAACAAAUAAAUGCUAAGAAGGACUAGAUGGAACGACAAGUAUCUGACAGAAAUCAUGA